AUGAAUGAUUCAGAAAACCUAGUGAGGCAGUGUCAUCACAGGUCAAAUGAGGAACAAGCUAUAGGGGUACAUGAGUCACACGUGGAUCACUUAGCAUCACCUGCUGAGGAUGCCUGUGAGGCAGGCUUUAUGUCAGGAAAUGAUGCAGGACGAGGAGAGGCAGGGGUCACUGAUUUAACCCCCCGACCAAAUCAAGGCGACAGCCCCGUUGAGCUGUGGCUGGACGCAUGCCAGUAUCUAACAAGUGAGGAUACAGAAAAUAGGGAUGGCUCGAAUAAGACAAGUCAUUCUGUGAUGCAAGAUGUACUCACGGGUACUAGUGACUGGUUUUCCUCCCCAGGAGAGACUCAAGUAUCAGGUUACUACUCAGAUGGAAGUGAGAUGAUUGGCUGGUCUAGUGAUGACACCAAAGGUUGGGGGCCACCGGUUGAGAGGUGGUCUUCUGUGGACAGCUGGGCAAGUGCACUCUCAGACUGGACGGAGAUUAUUGCAGCUCCACCAGAGGACUUUACAGCUGCAUUCACAGAGAUAGGGGCUGAGAUAGAUGCUUUGACACAGGCACUAGUAGACACACACGCUCAAAUAGACUCAGAGUCUAAAGGGGGUAAGGGUCAAGAAGGAGCAGCAGUACAGACACAUUCACAGCUACCCAUGGGUGUCCAGGAUCAUCCCUUUGAGGCACAGAACAUCCCAGAGGGAGUUAUGCUCUCUGGGCAGGGCUGUCUCUUUUUCAGCCUUGAAUCUUCCGUAGUAGAGCCCCGAGACAGAGAUGCCUCUCAGAGUGUUGAAUCCUUGUGUGAUUCAGUACAAGACACACAAGUAUCAAAAGCGCCAGAGGAGAUCCAGAGCAGCCAGGCUGAGAGCGCCCCAUGUCCAUCAAGGCAGGAGUCAUCUAUAGUGAUGAUGGCCUCUUCUGGAGGAUACGACACAAGCGUGACUCCUGGAUCGGCCACUUCUGCUUAUCUGGAUUUUUGUCACCUUGGUGGAUUUGGGGAGUCAGAGACAGACAGUUUAAUCAGCUAUGAAGUGGAUCCAAUCAUUCUGAGUAUAAUCGAGGAUACAGAUCUGGAGGGACAAAAUGCACCUGCAGGGCUCAUAGAGGACAAGGUAAGAUCGCUUGUUUUAUAUCUGUUUUUAUUAGUCCUUAUUUUGUAGUACUAGUAUACUGGGGGAUUCUGACCCGUGUUGGUCAGGUUUGUUCCUUGGCUUUUGUGGAAAGUGUGACACACCAUCCCGUACAUACAGGUAAAUACAUAGUUGAGCCCAUGAUCUCAAACACAAAUCCUGUUCUUUGAAGUGAAGGGUAGCAGUGGUUGGAAAGAUUCGCCCUUUACUGUAGAAAGAAUAACAACGAUCACCUUCACAUCAAUCGUGCUUGCCAAGAGAUAAACCCGUCACGCACUUUGGAAACACAGCCAGAACAUGAGGAAACAUUCCCACUCUUGCCCUUGUCAGUGUUGUCAUUCUUACUUUCAAGCAAUGAUAGCGAGUCAGGAGGUAUGUACAGUACUCCUGAGAAUGAAAUCCACAUUGGUCACCACAUGUCAGACCCACAAGUAUUGUCACCUUGCUUUGGAUAGAAGCCAUUCAUUUUGCACCCCAGAACUGUCACCUAUGUGAGAUUCUGUAAUAUUAUUGGAUAAGUCCUUUGGCGUCCAUCUCAAAGACCGACAGCUGUGUGUGCUGAAGGAAGCGGGAGUGCCUGAGGGGAAAACUUCAGAUGGACAGAAAUGGCAUCUAAUAAUAGCUAAGAGUUCAAUGAUAAUAGCAUGCAUCCGUGGCGUGUCAGGGUGGAGGGGUGAGAGGAGAGCACAGCUGAGGACUGAAACUUGACCCUCCCUUGCGCUCUCUCUCUCUUUUUCUAUACGCCCUUUAACAGACCCAUUCCCACCAGGUCUCCUUUAAAAACCCAGGAUCAGAACGGCAACAGGUCUUCAGGCCUUAGAGACUGAUUGUGAUUGGCUUAGGUACACAGGGCAUAGCUGGAGCACUUGUCCAUAACCGUGACAGUGUUGCUUUCAGUUGCAUGAAGGACAUAUGGACAGUAGGGUUGGAUAUAGAAGCAUGGUGUUUUGGAAAGUUCUGCUUUGUGGCUCUAUAGAAAGGUAUGUUUUUAAGAUUUGGAAAGCAUUUUCUUGUUGCGUAAUAUCUCCAGAAUCUGCUUUGACUAUGAGGACCUGUGUAAAUCAGAUCAAAAAUAUUUCUUUCUAGUGCAGGACACCACAAGCAUCAGAAUUGUUCAAUUUCUUCAAACUUAUUGUUUUCUAAAUAUUUGUCAAUUUUCACCAGCAGCCCCUUGGAGGUGAAUUGUGUGAAGUGACAGAUGAACCCCGUAUCUCCCAGCCAACUUCGACUGAGGAGCAGGAAGCUGAAAGGAGCUUUGGGCCAGCUGAGGUUGAUCGCGAAGGAACCGAAUGUCCAACAGAUCUUGGUUCCCUCACCACACACACUCAGACGAGCUGGCACGUGCCAGGUGAGGACAUAAAACCUGGCGUGCAAAUUAAAGACCCUGCACACGAGUCAUCUGACACUUCACCCGACUUUGACGGAGCAUGUCAGUUGGAGCCACUUGGGGGGAGUCCGAAGUUUAUUAUGCCCUUGGCUCCUCUCAGCAUUGGCUCCUCCUUGGUCUGUCGAACAAGCACCAAUUUGGACAAAGAUCAAACUUGUGUUAAAAAGGAUCUAAAUGACAAUAGAGACCUCAGUUGUAGUCGCAUACAACCUUGUGAUCUCUGGCCAACCUUGGAUGGGAUUACCGAUGAGCAAUCUCUCAAGGGCGAUGAGGAUUUGGUUGUUGAAAAGGAAAAUACAGUAGAGUCUUCUGACAAGCCUUCCUCAGAGGACCAACUGGGCUCUAAUACCGAGUGUGUCCUCACUGCAAGAAAAACAAUAAAUUACGAUAUCAGUUACCUCAGUGAGGAAUUUUCAAACUUGGUCGCCAUCCCUGCAGGUAAUUUUGUUAUCUCAGAGGAGAGCCGUGUUGCAUACAUCACUUUAGAUUUAAAUGAUCCGUUUGCCCCCAGGGUUGUAAAACCCACAGAGGUAAAUCAGAAAACAGCUGAAAAGAUGCCUCACAAAACACGCUCCAAAAAGGACAAAUCAUCUGGUCAUCAUCAUGGUGCACAAGCCUCAAAGAAACCAGACUCUGUUUCAUCUCACCACAUUUCAGCUCAGCAAAUCUGCAAACAGCAGGACGCUGCUCCACUUGCUGGAGAAAAUCAUACCAGUGAGAACACUCCAGCUGUGCUCGAUGACAAAGAUGACAAAGAGGCUAAAUUAGUGAUUGAGACUUGUAUUGCAAAUGAGAAAGCUCUGAGCAAGCCACAUGGAAAAAAGAAGAAGAAACACACUCAGAGUGCAACAGGAGUGAAGAGCGUGGGGGAACCACUGGUCGAAGUGGAGAAUGGAGCAAAACCAAAGAGUGCAAAAGGAAAGAUUGAUCUGUUUGAGGCUAAGCUGGACGCUAAAGUUGGGAAAGCUCAAAAGGACAGCAAAAAGUCAACUGGCGUGGAGAAAGUUUCCCAGCAAACAGCGGCUAAGGCUUCCCAGGAUGAACCAGCCCCACGCCAAACAGAGCACAAAGACCAUCAAUCUAAAACUUCCCUGAGUCCUUCGAAUGAUGAUAUUAUAAAAAAGCGACGCCUGUCAGGAGAUAAGUUUGGGAAGAUUUUAAGUGUUUUAGAGUCUAAAUUACCAAAACAAGAGGUUCCUUUGAAGGCAAAAGGGGAGGAAGCCAAGGUAGAAACAGGGGAAGCUCGCAAGAAGGCGUACAAUGAGGUGGUCAAACAGAAAACCACACCUACGGAAGGUAAACCAUAAAUCUGCUAUUCUUCUGUAUGUUAAUACAAAGAAACCCAUCAUUCAUCUCCUGAUAAAACCACUAUAAUAUCUGCAGAAAUAACAGUGGUGAAGACUAUCCAGGCAGUGUCCGUGAGCGGCGAUCCCCAAAGUUUGUGCCUGUGGUGUCAGUUUUCAGCGGUCUUCUCCAACCACACUGUCACCUGGAGCAGAGAUGGCACCGUCCUGUCUGAAAUCAAGAGAAGGUAGGAGGUUUUGUUGAAAAUACAAGCCUGCCGACACUACACCAAUUCGCAAACAUGGAUCAGUCAAGCCAUCAGACAAGAAAGACAUAGCAUUAUAUGAUCCUGUGAUGCAUGAUUUAGAUCCAGUCCUGAAGGGUAACAUUGCUUUGUUUUGCUGCAUGUGUGUCUCCCUGAAGUGCAGGGGAUGAGAGCAGAGUGUCCCUGACCGUCUCCAACGCCUCCCACAAAGACUUGGGCAAGUACCAGUGUCAGCUCACUAGUCCACAUGGAUCUGUCACUCUGGACUACCUGCUAACAUAUGAAGGUAUAGAACAUGGCUCAGCUACACAAUCUUUAAAAUACUGUAGAUGAAGAACAUGAAUAUUCAAAGUGUUUCUUCUUUGGACUAUUCUAGUGCUCAGUGAGAUUGUCAUCCCUCUGGCUCCUAAGACCAUCACAUGUAAGUUAUGCUCAUGCUGACAAGCUUUAAGACACAGCUGAGCUUUUGUUUUAUAAUUUGACAUUGAUCUUGGGUGUGACAAUGUGCCGGCUUUUAUUUUUCCCAGCUGCUCCUGCAGAGGUGGGAAGUGAAGAAGAGGAUGUCAAAUGCUCCAGGCUUCUCUUCAAAGAGGACUUCUUAUCCGACCAAUACUUUGGGGAGAAUCAACCUGCCAGUAUCAUCACAGAAAAGAUCCACUUUGGGGAGGGGAUGCACCGACGGGCUUUCCGGACUAAGUUGCAGGCGGGUCAGAUACCCCUUUUACUUCCUGGACACCCCUGUGUGCUCAAAGUGCAUAAUUCUAUCAGCUACGGGACCAAGAACAACGAAGAGCUGGUUCAGAAGAACUUCAGCUUGGCUGUCGAGGUAAGAGGAAAAACACAAGGCUUAAAGAAUGUUCACUCUAUUGGCCCAUCAUUGUCUUUAUGAUUACAUGCAUGAAACCCCACUGAGCAAUAGAUGGCUAUUAGACGUUUAGUUUUUUUUUAUAGACCUAAUUUUAACCAUCUAGAGUUUGUGUAUUUUUAGACGGAAUUUAGAAGUUGCACUUUAACCCAUUGUUCGAUAACUAUUUAUUUCAAAAAGCAACUGUGAGCUACAUAACUGAUCUCCAAGUACUUGACCAAAAUAAUUAUGAUAGCCGUUGAGCAAUAUACAGUGUGGUAUAGAUAUAGUCCAGAUUUGGACUUGGUCUAAACUUGGUCUAAAUUUAGAUGUGGUAGCCUGAUUUUAGACCAGUCGUUUAGGCUACAUUUAAAUGUCUAUUAGACAUCCUUCAGACCACAAAAUGCUCUGUGGGACCUUUGAGGUCAGGAUCACCGUAAAUAGGGUGCUUGAGGGCUUGUGAUGAUGAGCCCCACAUAUGUAUUAGACACCACAUAUUAAAUAUCUCUGGAAACUUUCUGCCACAAGAUUUCGUUGAUGAAAUAAUUUAAACUAUUUUGCAGGUUUAUCACAGUGAUAACAUACAUAUUCUGAUAUACAUGGCUCAAAAGGUCUGUGGCAUAGAAUAACGGCAGCUGGAUGAAUCUGCCAUCAAAUUCCCAAAUAGUGAUAAAACACUGAAUUUUCUCAACAACAUUACUCGUCGUAAUUUUUUAUAUGUAGGAUUUAAUUGAAUUUACUUUUCCUUGAUGUUACUGUAAAAAUCAUCUUUUUGAUUUGAUUUCAAACAGAUAAAAGCGUUGCUGUGUAUCAGAGAUAAGCACCUCAGAACACAUAUUAUAGUAAAAAUUGUGGGUCAUCUUUUGAUUGGCCAACCCAGCAGUUCUGAUUUGAGUUUCAUGGAGGCUGUAAGAAGUGUGCACCUACAGCCUUUGACAUUAAUGUUACUGUGUGGUAAAGUAAGUGUAUUAUUGGCUUUCUGUAGGAGUGCCAGGUCCAGAACACAGCAAGAGAGUACAUCAAGGCGUACACCACCGCAGCCCAGUCCUUUGAAGCCUUCGGUGAAGUCCCAGUGUGAGUUACACACACAGUAUUGAGAGCUACAAGCUCAACACCAUACAACAUUCAUCUUUCUUCAGUGUUUUAAAUUAUUUAAAAAGUUCUUUCUGCUUUUACCAGGAUCAUUCCCAUCUACCUGGUUCACCGUCCAUCUAACGACAUCCCGUACGCAACGCUGGAAGAGGAGCUGAUCGGUGACUUUGUCAAGUAUUCAGUGAAGGACGGCAAAGAGAUCAACCUGAUGAGACGUGAUUCAGAGGCAGGACAGAAAUGUUGUGCUUUCCAGCACUGGGUCUACCAUAACACUGAGGGGAACCUGCUGGUUACAGACAUGCAAGGUUGGAAAAUGAGAAACUUUGAGUGUAUGCAAAUGAUCACAUUAUUUACAUGGAUUCUAAAUUAUAAUUCACAGGACUAAAUUUUAGCUGUUUCUUUUUUUUUUAGGUGUGGGAAUGAAGCUUACAGAUGUGGGAAUAGCCACGUGUAAGAAAGGGUAAGUCAUCUGUUCAACUGAUCAGUGAUAAAAAUCUUUCUACGUCGACACAGAUGCAUCAACAAUCUAUUCUUUUUUAAGGUACAAAGGCUUCAAAGGAAACUGUGCCACCUCCUUCAUUGACCAGUUCAAAGCCUUGCACCAGUGCAACAAGUACUGUGAGAUACUGGGGCUCAAAUCCCUGCAGCCCAAACCUAAAAAACCUGCACCCAAACCUAAACAGCAUCCUGCUGCUGCACCCAAGAAGAAAACUUUUGGGCCCACAGUGAAGGGCAAGUCAUAAUACGAUGAGAGCACUGGACUAUGGAGUUUGUUUUUUGUUAACAUGGUGAAGUUUUUUGAUUUUCUUUUUUUUACUUCUGGACCUUCUGGAGUUUCACCUGUUCAAGAGGAAAAACAAAGUAUUCAAAUUUUGAAUCACGGAGGAGGGGGACGAUUCAACCUGUUACGCAACACAUGACUCCUAUUUCAUAAGAAGGUUUUCUUUAUCUCAUGUUGAACAUUUGAUAAAUUUACUUUAUUUCAACGGUGAUAUCACCAGAGAUGUUUUAUCAGUGAAAGGGCAUCAUGUUCUACGGGGACACUUUAUUUCAUAACUUCUGGGAAAACUGUGACAAAUCUAAUAUGCUUGAACACUUGAAAAUGAUUGAGAGAAUGAUGUGUUUGCAGACAAAGUCGAACUUUGAUGUCUUAGCGGUUGCUUUAUUGAAGUGAUGCAAUGAUGUUGUUUGUGGUCUUUUCUACGUCGGUGAUGUUUUCUAGCUGUUAGUUCAUUAAAUUAAUGAACUUUUUAAUUGAUUAAUUAGAGAAAAUGUCUUCCAAGUAAAGGACAUUAACUGCUUUGAGUAAUGUGACAUAGUAUGAGCGGGUAUUUUUGUGCGUUUGGUUUGCGAUGGAACGGAGAAAUUUGGCAAACUUUUAUUCAUUUUAAUGUUGAAAAAUUUUUAAGUUGGCCGGCUACUAAAAAAAUAAAAAAGUUCAUUUGAUAUAACACACUUUCUGCACAGAUGCUGAUAUUAAACGUGCCUUUGGGUGUAUUUGCCAAAAAUUGGUUGUAUCCUCUGCAGUAUUUCUGUUUUUUGGAUUGAUUUUGAGACCUUGGCAUCGCUUUAUGGAUCUAUAUGGGAAGCCAAGUUUACUGCCAAAGCCAACUCAAGCCCAUUUGAUCUCUAAAGUAUGCCAGCUAUUCAACCACAAUCUCAAACUGUCUCUAUAUAAUAAGCCUCUGUCCUGCUCUCACUGCUGACUUUGAAAUCCCUGACCCAAAUUGCUGACAUGGCUCUAAGGUUGCGGCUUUGGCCAGUGUGUGUAAGCAAACAGUAGAUCUUUGUUAUUAAAGAGAUACUGGUUAAAA